UACUUUCUUCAAGGAAUUCUUGGAAAACUUUAUUUCAUCGCUAUAUAAUUUAAUUAAUUUUUAGUUCAGCCGCUAAACCAACAAUCGAUAUGCACAGAAUUGUGCAUUUGGACUUCAAAGGAGCACCCCUAAAAGUGCAGUAUCUAGAUCAGGUUCUAGAAAGCAUCAGGCAGUGGGGAGCCACCGGCGUACUGUUGGAAUGGGAGGACACAUUUCCUUAUUCCGGAGAGCUCUCUAUCAUUGGCAGCAUAGAGAAUUGUAAUGGUGACCAUAUGUACACAAUGGAUGAGGUCCAGCAAAUUCUACAGGCUAUCAAAAGCAAAGGUCUGGAACCUAUUCAACUGGUACAAACAAUAGGCCACAUGGAGUUUGUACUGAAACAUCCUGCAUUCCGGGAGCUGAGAGAGGAGCCCCGGUCUCCCGCGGUGCUCUGUCCCACAAAACCCAAGUCACUACAUCUUGUGAAGGCAAUGAUCCAAAACGCCUUGGACGCCCAACCUGACGCAAAAUACUUUCAUAUUGGUGCAGAUGAGGUAUGGCACACAGCGAUCUGUGAGGAUUGUCAGCGGAAGGCUUCGGUCAGCGAGCACAAGGCGACAUCUCUCUUCCUAGACCACAUCAAGGAUCUGCUGAUAUUCCUCAAGAUGCAGCGGCCCAAGAUGAACGUGCUGAUGUGGGAUGACAUGCUGAGAGCCAUCGGUUUCGAGGUGUUGGAAAAAUCCAACAUUGGCAAGCUAGUGGAGCCGGUAGUAUGGAACUACAACGUGGCUGAACACUUCUUCGUCGGCGGCGAACUGUGGCGGAACUACAGAAUAUUCCCGAAGGUCUGGGCGGCGUCCGCGUUCAAGGGGGCUAAUGGUAGCUGUCAGAUGUUGUCCCCGGUGUCGCGGUACAUGAGCAACCAGCAGGCGUGGAUCCGCGAGGUGCAGGCCAACGCCGACCGCGCCAACUUCACCGGGGUCAUACUGACCGGCUGGUCCAGAUUCGAUCACUACGCUACCCUCUGCGAGCUCCUGCCCGUGUCUUUGCCUGCGCUCUACAGCUGUCUAAGUAUAUGGAUACACCCGAACGACUCUAUUAGCUCUCUAACCCACGAGGUGUUACCGGAGAAUCAGUGGGCGGGGCUUGCGGUGGCGCGCGCCGUACACUCGCUAGUGGCGUUGCGGGACCGCGCCAACCAGUUGUUACACGGCGACGCCGUGUCAACAUGGUUGAACCCGUGGCAAGUGGAGCGCGGUUACACUUGCCCCGUGCAAGUUGACGGCAUAGCGGGGACGGCCAACGAAAUCCUUCUAAACCUACAAUGUCUGGAACGCGAGCUGUCUGCCCAGCUGUCUUAUAUCACGGGGCCGCGCAGCGCCGACGAGUGGAUCGGCAGCAAUAUAACGCCGCUUGUCAGCAAAGUCAGCGCGCUGCACAGGCAGGCAGCGAGGACAGCAACGGAGCAGCCCAGCGUCAGACCUGUGUUGUGAGCGUUAGACCUGUAAUGUAAGCUUCAGACUACGAAUAAUAAAAACUAAGGAAAUGUAACUCCCAUACUUCAACCGUUUCGAAUUUGGUUUCUUUCGCACACUAAAAUAUGAC